AUGUUCCAGAUGGUCAUAUUCGAUACCUCACCGAUGAGAAGGGCUACCCAGGCUGCAAUAUUAGAUGCAAUCAGAAGUUUUCAGGACGAUGACCGUAUCAGGACUGGAGAUGCUCUCUUCAUAUUUUUUGCCGGCCAUGGUGGAGAGACUGAAUCUCCGAUAGUAACUUCCGUAUCGUCAACCAUUCCUCUGCAUCUGGAUGAGGGUAUCUGGGCAGAUGGAGAAGACUCCUCAAAUCGAGGAACUGAGUUUGUUGCGGGCUUUGCAAAUGCAGGGCUCCGAUCACACGUUCUCAUUUCCGCUUGCAGUUCACGAGAAGUGGCUAUGGAAGAGAACGGGCGAGGAAUCUUCACUUCCGCUCUCCUCGAAAUACUUUCAGCAUUCGGGGUGGACCAACUUACAUACAGCGAAAUACCUCAGCGCAUACCCGCAUUACCAGGACAAAACCCGCAAUGUGAAGGCGUCAAUCAGAAUCGCAUAUUGUUCAAUGUGAAGGUCGCUCGUAGGUCUGGUACCUCAUAUAUUAUGGCUGCAGGUGCAGCACGUGGCAUCACCGACGGGGCCAUGUUUGCAUUUUAUCAGAAUGCCAGUAUAGACAAAUGCACGCCGCCGUUGGGCACAUUAUCUGUGCGGAAGGCAAACACAUUUGAAAGUGUGCUCGACAUUUUGUCUGGCUGUCUAUUGGCACAUGCGCUCGCACAGUCAGGAGUUGUAUUGCAAGUCAAGGCCAGAGUGGCGGAGGAGCUACGGAUCUGUAUUGCUUCCAAAAAGGAACUACACGAUGUGUUCAAAGCCGUUGCUGAAGAAAUGGAGUCUGAGACAUCACCAUAUAGCAAGAUCAUCCUCGUGGAUGCGAGCUUGGCACUAUUAAAAGCCGAUCUCCAAAAUGGUUCUGUCGUUUUUGACAAUCUCGACCCCUUAGUUGCUCGCUACAAGCCUACCAGGUUGUCCUUCAAUGUCAGCGCAGAUGCAGACACUGUCUGCCCUGUCCUUCGUAGUGCUGCACAUUACUUCUGGCACCUCAGACGCACCAACACGCAGGCUGCUCUACGCCACGACGUUCUCGUAGAAUUCACCGAACUCACAUUUCCUGAUGAUGACCUACUUGCAGACGCCCGGCCUUGCAGACCCAACCUGAACGUCGAUGGUGUAGUUGAACUCAUCGUCGAUGAGGACACAAAGUAUGGCAUAAGGAUCGUGAAUGGUACCAAUCUGCCAUUGUAUCCAGCGCUAUUUUUCUUUGAGAGCACCAAUCUGAAAAUAGAAUCCUACUAUCAACCUCCAACUGCGGGACAAUUUACAGUCGAUCCUCCCUUGGAACCCCAUGGGUCCCUAACGAUUGGCUACGGAUCAAGCGGCUCUAUUCCGUUCAAUUACUACUUGGCAGAAGGAGAAGAUUGGGAUGUCGGGUUCCUGAAACUUUUUCUUUCAACAGAACCAGUAGAUUUCUCGAACAUACCCCAGCCAUGUCCAGUUGACGAAGAUUUUCGUGGAGCGGCAUUGGUAAAGACGAAGAUGAACUCGGUAUGGGACACCAUGUUACUUACUGUCAUCCAGAGGAGAGCCUAA